AUGACCUCCAUCCUCAAUGUACCAACUGAGCUUUUGCUCGAAGCUGCGCAUUGCCUGCCGCCUCGAGACCUUUGCCACCUCUCACUGGUAUCCAGACACAUCCAAGGCAUCGCACAGGCUGCACUGUAUCGCUCGCUGAUAAUCCCAGAGCCGCGGUAUACGUCCAGCAAAAGCCAGGUACCGUAUCUAGCUCGGACUCUCAUUGCCAGACCUGACUUGGCCAUCAAAGUCAAGAAUCUGAGCGUUGUGGCCAUGGAACGCCGAGUGCGCUUUCGUCGUCCCAAGGCCUUUCUCUCAGACGUGGAGAAGAUCUUACGAGGGCUGCGCGUGUGGACACAAGAUACCCUUACGCGGACGAUACCACUGGAUGGUGGACACUCCGUAGCUGUGGAGCCCUGGCUGGCCCAUAUCAAGGAACGGUGGGAGCCAGCGCUCUGUGGCCUUCUCCUUGCCCUCACCUCUAAUCUGGAAACUUUGAGCAUUGAAAUCAUAAAUUGGGACUUCACAUACAGAACACCUUUUCCAUAUAACGAUAGCGGAGCGGACCCGCACGUUGAAAGUGCCAUCGAGCAACUCUUCUGCCAGCCAGACAAGCCCCUCUGGAGGACGGACCUCACAUCUAUCCCCGGCCUGCGUAACUUGCGAGAACUUGCAUUCGCCGGUCGCAGUCUGGAGACAGCGUGGGCGAGCUUGCCAAAAUUAAAACAUUUGGAUCUAAGCAGACAUGUGGAUUAUUAUGCGCCGACCAAAGCAAUAGACUCACCACUUACGUCAUUGGAGAUCCAGUGUCGGACCACAAUCUUCAUCCCAUUGUCGAAGAGCCACCUGCACUUUGAUCAGAUGUUGUUGGGGUUCCAGCGACUGAGACAUGUGUUCUUGUUCUUCGAUAACUUUCUAAACGACGUAACCCAUACAAACUACAGACUCCUCCCCCACAACAAUCACGGAACGUGGGCGACUCUGAUAGAGCGACUAAAACCAAUAUCAAACCAUUUAGAAACCCUGGUCCUGGAUCUAGAGGACGAUGCCGAUGUGUCUUGGAUGAAUUACGUCGAUGGAGGGGUCCGUCUUGAGGAGUUCACUACGCUGAAUACGCUUACUAUCCCAGCCGAAGUAUUAUUUUCAAAACAGGAAGUAGAAGGAGGUGAGGAAGAGCCAGAGCUGGGCCAGGUCCCCGCGAUAUCGCAACCGGGAUUCCCGGGGAUGUAUGUUAAAAACCCACCGACAAUUCACCUUCUACGUUCACUGCCGCCAAAUAUUGAUAUAUUGACGAUUCUGGCGCCGAAGACGGAUAUUUGGGAGUGGAUGGAUCGGCUGGUUGAUAAUUGUGCUGCAUGGCCGAUGUUGAAGACUGUUGAUCUGUAUUGUCGGAAUGAUCGUGGUGAUGCGUAUACAGCUAUCCUUGAUGCGGAAAAGACUCAAAAAGGUGAUGUGAGGAGUAAGUUUGAGAGAGCUGGAAUUGCGCUGCGUAUCUCGUCUCGAGCGGGGGUGUUUGAGAAGUCCGGGGAUAGUGAUGACGAGACCGGAGACGAAUAUGAAGAAUGGUAG